CCGACUGGCCGUGUGGAGACGGGCGACGAGUCUACGGUGAGGGCUGCGGACGAGGAGACGCGGGCGGUCACCGCUGCGCUCGUCGCCACACGCGCAUCUCCCUCACUCCACAUCGCUCGCCAAGUUGCUGCCCGAGCCGCGGGAAAAUUGGGUCAACGGUCGAGGGGGUGGGUGGAGUGGAGUGGGGGUGUUAGCUCGGUUCUUGGUUUGACUACUAACAGAGGAGCAAAGAGGAAGGAACUGAGGAGGAGCAGAGAUGGCGGGCGGCGCGGUGUCGGCGCUGGGGGUGAAGAAGGAGAGGGCGGCGCAGUACAAGGGCCGCAUGACGCUCGCCGUCGCCAUGACCUGCCUCGUCGCCGCCAUCGGGGGCGCCAUCUUCGGCUACGACAUCGGGAUCUCCGGAGGAGUGACCUCCAUGGACCCAUUUCUGGAGAAGUUCUUCCCCGUGGUGUUCCGGAGGAAGAACUCCGGCACCCGGAACAACUACUGCAAGUACGACAACCAGGGCCUCGCGGCGUUCACCUCCUCAUUGUACCUCGCCGGCCUCGUCGCCUCACUAGCGGCGUCCCCCGUGACGAGGAAAUACGGCCGCCGCGCCAGCAUUGUCUGCGGCGGCGUCAGCUUCCUCAUCGGCGCCACGCUUAACGCCGCCGCCGUGAACCUGGCCAUGCUCAUCCUCGGGCGCAUCAUGCUGGGCGUCGGCAUCGGUUUCGGCAAUCAGGCUGUGCCGCUGUACCUGUCGGAGAUGGCGCCGGCGCACCUCCGCGGCGGGCUGAACAUGAUGUUCCAGCUCGCAACAACGCUCGGCAUCUUCACGGCGAACCUGAUCAACUACGGCACGCAGAACAUCAAGCCGUCGGGGUGGCGCCUGUCGCUCGGCCUCGCGGCUGCGCCGGCGCUGCUGAUGACCGUAGGCGGGCUCUUCCUCCCGGAGACGCCCAAUAGCCUCAUCGAGCGCGGGCGCAUCGAGGAGGGCCGGCGCGUGCUGGAGCGCAUCCGCGGCACCGCCGACGUGGACGCCGAGUUCACGGACAUGUUGGAGGCCAGCGAGUUGGCCAACACCAUCGAGCACCCGUUCCGCAACAUCCUGGAGCCGCGCAACCGGCCGCAGCUGGUGAUGGCCGUGUGCAUGCCGGCGUUCCAGAUCCUGACAGGCAUCAACUCCAUACUCUUCUACGCUCCCGUGCUGUUCCAGAGCAUGGGCUUUGGCAGCGACGCGUCCCUCUACUCCUCCGUGCUCACCGGCGCCGUGCUCUUCUUCUCCACGCUCAUCUCCAUCGGCACCGUCGACCGCCUCGGCCGCCGGAAGCUCCUCAUCAGCGGCGGCAUACAGAUGGUCGUCUGCCAGGUGAUCGUGGCGGUGAUCCUGGGCGUCAAGUUCGGGACGGACAAGCAGCUGUCGCGGAGCUUCUCGAUCGCGGUGGUACUGGUGAUCUGCCUCUUCGUGCUGGCGUUCGGGUGGUCGUGGGGCCCUCUGGGGUGGACGGUUCCGAGCGAGAUCUUCCCGCUGGAGACGCGGUCAGCGGGGCAGAGCAUCACGGUGGCCGUGAACCUGCUCUUCACCUUCGCCAUCGCGCAGGCGUUCCUGUCGCUGCUGUGCACCUUCAAGUUCGGCAUCUUCCUCUUCUUCGCCGGGUGGAUCACCGUCAUGACCGUCUUCGUCUACGUCUUCCUCCCCGAGACCAAGGGCGUGCCCAUCGAGGAGAUGGUGCUGCUCUGGAGGAAGCACUGGUUCUGGAAGACGGUCAUGCCGGACAUGCCGCUCGAGGACGGCUGGGGAGCAGCGGACGACGCUGCACCUGCCAACAGCAGAGACAAGUGAAGCGUGCAUGGCUUCAUGGACUGUACUGCAAGAUGAGGCGCGGUGAAAUGUAGGAGGAUCAGGAAUACUUAUUGUAUGUAGGUUCUGUGAAUUCGUCGUGUAGUUUAUGUUGGAAAUAAGCGUGCUUUUAAAGUUAAUUUAAUUCAUAGAUAAAUCAGAAAUAAGAACUGAUCUACUAUUAUUAUUAUGUAACAAAAGUAUACUUUAGACAUGCAUGUAACAAAAUUACACAUAUAUAAUAUACUUCAUAACAUAAA